AUAUUGUAAUUUGUCCUAUUUCGUCAGUGCAUGUGUAUGCUGUAUAGGUGCACUGCAUUAUAAAUUUCGUUCCUAUCGUGUACACGGUGUUUGGUUAUGCUUGCUUGGCUGUUUUGAAACUCAAUCCCCAACUCAUCAGGUAUACGAGUAAAACGUGUAGCUGGCCACUGUAACAGAGUUACACGCAUACGAUAUCAUGUUGUGUUAUAAUUGUACAGGUAUAUUACAAAAGGUAGCCAUUGCUUAUAUACCGGACUACAAGUCUUAAGAGUGAGUGACUGGACUACUGCGAUACAACUAAGUUACAAUGGAUAUUACCAUACACAGAUAGAAAUAACAGUAACAUAUAAUAUGUAACCUUACUAGCAAACUAACCAGAGGAAAAGAACACUUACCAGUGCAUGUGUUUAUUGGUGGUCUGACUUCCUGGUUGUUAUUGAUAGGGCAAUAAGGAGAACUGGGAUUCUUAACGGAGAUAUCUAGGACAUAUGUCCUGAAAUGGUGGUGUCUUAACAAAUGUUUGAAUCUGUUGUUGGAGUUGUAAGCUGAGAGAUACAUAAUUAUCAGGUUAUCCGGGAUUCCAUGAUGGACUAUGAGGUCAAAACUCGAUUUCCAUACGAAUAUGACGAAAACAAUGGCCUCAACGGUCCAAAGCUUCUGAAAAAGUACCGUGACCGAUUUCCGUUGCUAGCUAUCGUCACAGAGGGUGACUAUGGAAAGACUGUAUUUGAUGACUUCUCUGAUGAGCAGGUGUACCGAAUUCAGGCGUAUACACGUCAGCGACGUGUAGUUGUCAAGGAGACACGUGUCAAACAAGACCCACUCAAGUGUAACUACCUUUCCUUCCCUGUAGACUCACCAUACACAUUCUGCGUGAUAAAAAGCAGAAAUAACUGUACCGAGCCAAUGAGCUUCAGUGACAUUUUAAAAGAAUACACGUGCCCAGUCAUGGUCAAGUUUUCCCCCAGGUGCAAAUACGUCAAAAUCAACGAGAUGUUGGACCACACAGAGAGAAUCGCUAGUCUGUUAAUAAUUUCUGAAUACGAAGAAAAUUUCUUUACAGGAAAUUGCCUUGACAAGGGAAUUAUAAAUCCCGGAGUCACAUUGGCAGCCCUCAGUCCCCGUAUCGUGUAUGCCGAGAUCACAGGAAUACACGGAAAGUCACAAGAAACCUUUAAAAAACAUCUAGUUACAAUGGAGAGGUUCCUACGAGAAAAUGGCGUGACGUUUGACAUUAAUGCUGGGAACCCAGCCGUGACAAGGAUCACCGAGGAAGGAACAGGAACAGGAAACAUGGUACCGGAAGUUUUGACAACCCUGAUACCAGAACUGAAAAUUAAACCACCACCAAAACUCCCAGCAAGACAAACCAGCGUUCAAGAUGAUAAACCGGAAAAGAUUCAGAACAGAGCUCUACCACCCAUCCCAACUGACAAUUCAACUCAGAAGGCUGUAGCUGUAGUCAAGCCCUAUAGGCCACAACCGCAUGAACAGAGUGCCUACUAUACUGAUCCUUUAGACAGCGAAUACACGUACCUGGACGUAGAUGAUUUGAGAAAGGAAAAGCCGGAAAAUCCGGAAGCGAUCCGAAAGUCCCUAAAGCACAAAAGUGUAUCUGAUAUCAAAAAAUGCAUGCUGGAGUUGAAACUUCAGAGGUAUGCAAAUAGGUUUGAAGAAGAACUCAUUGAUGGGCCGAUGUUCGUAGAUUUGACGGAAGAUAUCCUUAAAGAGGAAUUCAAAAUGUCCAAGCUAGAGAUCGUUAGACUAUUAAUGUUUAUAAGAACAGGCCAUAUUCCUCGAUAAACGACCGUAUCCACAUUGCUGUCAGGGAAGUGGGGUUACUGAGGGAUAGUGGUGAUUUCAGUAGCAUGUGACCUAACUCAGAUUUGACUGAAAUGAAAGAGAUGGCUUUUACAUUUCCAGAACGCCUGACUUUUUUCUCCUUAUACUUCCAUGUCAAUAUUUGUAUAUGCAUAUUUGCGUUAACCAAAUCGCUUUUGGCUUCGAAUUACGGUUUUGUUUACACAAAUGUAUAUUAUAAUUGUUUUUAAUGUAUCAAUUAAGAAAUAAUGAACGAUUACCUUACUGGUAACAUUUAGAAAAAAAACGUCCUUUAAGAAUAUCAUGUCUUGGAAGAAAUACUUCAUGGACGCGAAUGGGAGUUGUUUAAAUGAAUGUUUCAUUUAAGUUGAUCUGUACAUCUGAGGACAGCUUUUAAAAUGACAGUAUGCAAACAAAGAUGUGUUGACAUUUGGACAGGAUAUUCGUUUUUUCUAAAGUAUUUUUUUAGAAAUGUAAUUGUCUCAGUAAGCCAUUAAGAAGAUUUAUAGACUUUUGUCAUCUUGACAUUGACUAACGUUGGGCGAGGAGACCUAUAACUUCGUAUGCGAGUUUUGAAUUAUGGCAUAGUUCCAUUGUAUAUUGAUUAUUACGUAUAGGGAAUGUUACAGUAGGUGCAUGACCUGUACAAAACAACAGGUAAGCUAACAAGUAAUAUCGUAUACAUAUAUAUAUAGGAUCUUACAUCAGUUUCCAUUUCAUAGGAGAUUAGAAAAGGAGUCUGAGAACAUUUCAAUUUAGCGAGCCUCUGGCGAGCUAAAAUGAAAAAUUCGUGACGAGUUUUAUAAAUUCCAUAUGAAAUGAA